AUCACACCUGUGUAUGACCUUACCUGGAGCUUUAUUUCUAGGAGGAUGCUGCUUUGAUACUUCAGGUGUCUGUGAGGUGUAUUUCUGGAGGAGAAGAAGAUCUUCUUGUUCCUACGGAUUGACAGUACAGGAGCAGCAACUUGAUGAUCAUCACACCUUAGUAGGAAUAUCAACGAACAAUAGCGGAGAAGGAGAUGGAGUUUCGAUUCGGCCUCAGGAUCUCUCUGGUCCUGGCCAUACUGGCUCUGACUCUGUAUGGAAGUGGUGUUGAAGGACAAAGGGCAGGUUGCAAGAAUGUCCACUAUGAUUUGGUAUUCAUCUUGGACACCUCUUCCAGUGUGGGCAAGGAAAACUUCGAGAAGAUCCGGCAGUGGGUGGCAAACCUGGUGGAAUCUUUUGAUGUAGGUGCGGAGAAGACACGUGUGGCCGUGGUUCGCUACAGUGACCGUCCCACCGCCGAAUUCAACCUGGGCAGGUACAAAACUCUUGAGGAGGUCAAGCGUGCCGCUGGGAACAUCCGCUACCUGGGUGGGAACACCAAGACUGGAGACGCCAUCAGCUUCACCACCAACAACAUCUUCACGGAGAGGACAGGGGCAAGGCCUGCCGCCAAGGGUAUUCAGAAAGUUGCGAUCUUGCUAACGGAUGGCAGGAGUCAGGAUUUUGUUUUGGAGCCAUCACUUGCUGCAGCGGCUGCUGGAAUCAGGUUGUUCGCCGUAGGGAUUGGGGAAGCUCUUAGAGAGGAGCUGGAGGAGAUUGCCGCCGAGCCCAAAAGUGCUCAUGUGUUCCACGUGACGGACUUUGACGCCAUUGACAAGAUCAGGGGCAGGUUGAGGAGGAGACUCUGCGAGAAUGUUCUGUGUCCCAACAUGAAAGUCCAGGCAGGCCGUUUCAGACCGAACAGCACCAGUGCUGGACUGACGGAGGUUCCAGGUUUUGAUUUAAUGGAAUACUUCAAUGUAAGAGAUUUUCUCGGAGAAAAAUUUGAGCCAGGUCAGACCCCGUAUGUCCGGCUCGGUACCAUGCCCAUCGUCCAACAAACAGAAGAUGUCUUGCCUCAGGGUCUGCCUGAUGAAUAUGCCUUUGUGACCACAUUUAAGUUCAGGAAGACCUCCCGUAAGGAAGACUGGUACCUGUGGCAGGUCUAUGACAAAUACGGCAUCCCACAGGUGUCCAUCCGUCUGGAUGGAGAGAACAAGGCAGUGGAGUACAAUGCUGUGGGCCUGACGAAGGACGCGGUCCGGGCAGUCUUUAAGAACCCAGAGGUGGACAACCUGUUUGACCGUAACUGGCAUAAGAUUGGCAUGAGGGUGGACUCCAAGUCUGUGUCCCUGUUCCUGGACUGCAAGCACAUUGAGACGCUGCCCAUAGAGGACAGAGAAGACAUUGACAUCCAGGGAAAGACUGUCAUCGGCAAGAGACUCUAUGACAGCGUUCCCAUCGAUUUUGACCUCCAGAGGAUGGUGAUCUACUGUGAUGGUAAACAGUCUGAGCAGGAGACGUGUUGCGAUAUUCCUGGUGGCCCAUGUGAACAAUCUUUGGCGACCGAGGCCCCCCCAGUCCCACUGCCCACCCCAAAACCAACAAGUGCUGAGCAGAAGAAACCAGCCGCGGUCAACUGCUCCUGUCCCGCAGGGGAAAGGGGUGAGACAGGUCUACCGGGUGCCACGGGGCCCAAGGGUGAAAAGGGGGAUCCUGGUCUUACAGGGGCAGAAGGACCGCCAGGGCUCAAAGGGCAGAAAGGAGAACAUGGCCAGGCUGUCUCUAUCAAAGGUGAUAGAGGAGAGAAGGGGGACAGCGGUGAGCGCGGUGAACCUGGAGCCAGAGGUGACAAAGGAGAAAGAGGAUCAGGUGGUUUACCAGGUCUGGCUGGGAAACAAGGCGAUAAGGGAGAAAGAGGUGAACGAGGAGUUGCAGGUGAAACUGGGUUACCUGGACCUUUAGGACCAAAGGGUAUCCAAGGUGAAUCUGGUCCGCCCGGAGCACCAGGUCCUAAAGGAGUGUCUGGUGGUGCCGGAAAUAAAGGAGACAAAGGAUCCUCCGGAGAGAGGGGUGAACCAGGUUUAGACGGGUUUCCAGGGAAACCAGGUCUUCCAGGAAAAGAAGGUCUUAGGGGGCUGAUUGGCUCUCCUGGUCCAAAUGGAGUUAAAGGAGAAAAGGGUGAACGAGGUCCUGCAGGAUUACCUGGCGAUGCGGUUCAGUUGGCAGGACUCAAGGGGGAGACUGGCUUCCCAGGAGAACGUGGACCCCCGGGAGCGGACGGCCCCCCUGGACCUCCUGGCCCACCUGGACCUCAAGGUCCGCCUGGUGAGCCGGGUGAGAAUGGACAAAGGGGUAAAAAAGGGGAUGCAGGAUUGCCGGGAGUUGAUGGUCUUCCAGGACCGCCUGGUCCUCAGGGGCCUCUUGGACCUGCUGGCAGCCCAGGACAGACGGGACCUCCAGGAUUACCUGGUGAAAUCGGCUUCCCAGGAAAACUAGGAGAACCAGGAAAACCAGGCCUGCCAGGAAAAGAUGGAUUGGAUGGUUUCCCUGGAAACGACGGCGCGAAGGGGCAACGAGGAGAACCCGGACAGGACGGUUUCCCUGGUAAACCAGGGCCGAAGGGAGAUGAGGGCCCUCCAGGCCCCCGAGGACCUGCUGGUGAACGGGGAGAGUCUGGUUUGGCUGGGCAGGCUGGCCCAAUGGGACCCAAAGGAGAGAGAGGAGGCCAAGGGGAGAGAGGAAAAGAUGGACUGACUGGCUUGAAAGGAGAGAAAGGAGACAAGGGUGAGGUGGGCCCCAUGGGUCCGGCCGGUGUACCAGGCAAUGUGGCCAAUGUGAUUCCUGAACCUGGUGAACCAGGCAAGCCGGGAGAGAAGGGAGAGAAAGGAGAUCAAGGAAAUCCAGGCGAGACGGGUCAAAGAGGACUUCCUGGAGAGCAGGGGUUCAGAGGGCAUCCAGGACCUGCGGGCCCUAAGGGUGAUGCUGGUGAUAAAGGAGAGGCAGGGAGACCCGGAGACCCAGGUCCCCCCGGAUUGAUGGGCUCUCAAGGGCCCCGAGGGCUGCCAGGCAAUGUGGGUAUUCCAGGCAGCAUCGGCCCACCUGGUAUCGCUGGACAGAGAGGAGAGAAGGGUGAUGCAGGUAAAGAUGGUCCUGCUGGACCCCCUGGUCCAACCGGUGAGCCUGGUUUAAGAGGAGAAAUCGGUUUGCCAGGAAAAGGCAAAGAGGGAGCAAAGGGUGAUACAGGACCUCCGGGCCCAGCUGGACCUCCCGGACUGAAGGGUUUGCCUGGCCCACAGGGAAUGCAGGGAAUGCCAGGAAACAGAGGACCACCAGGAGAGGGAACCACUGGACCCCAGGGGCCUUCAGGACCUCCGGGGCCACCAGGAGCCGCGGGUUUGAGAGGACCUCCAGGAGUGAGCGGACCACAGGGACCUGCUGGACAUAAUGGUUUACCAGGACGACCUGGAGAGAAGGGCUCACCUGGAGAACCAGGAAAAGCUGCAGACCUUUCUGAUCUGAAGGACAUUUGUUCAGAUUGUCCCCCUGGACCGCCUGGACAACCAGGUACUCCAGGAGCUCCAGGUGACAAAGGUCAUGCUGGACCACCUGGGAAAAACGGACAGGAUGGAUAUGCGGGUCCUCCUGGACCAACUGGACCCGCAGGACCUCCUGGUGCUGAUGGAACCAAGGGGGUCAAAGGUGACAGAGGUCCUCCAGGAACACCUGGAGAUAAGGGUGAAAAGGGCAUCCCAGGACCUCCUGGUUAUCCUGGGGCUGCAGGAGCCAUGGGUCAACCUGGUAAUGACGGAAACCCUGGACCUGUUGGACCACCUGGACCUCCUGGAGAAAAGGGUAAAGAAGGAAUGAACGGCAUUCAGGGACCUCCAGGCCUGCCAGGUCUAAUGGGCAUGAUGGGUAAACCCGGAAAGGAUGGAAGACCAGGAGAAACAGGAGAGCCGGGUAAACAAGGAGAGCCAGGAACACCAGGAAGAGACGGACUCAGAGGAAUGCCUGGUUUCAAAGGUCACAGGGGGGAACCAGGACCACCAGGGUCAAAGGGUGAAGAUGGGAAGCAGGGUGUUCCUGGACGUGAGGGUCCACCUGGGAAAGAUGGUAACACCGGACCACCAGGGCCAGAGGGCAUGAGAGGACCACGAGGAGAACUUGGUCAACCUGGAGAACCAGGACCAGCAGGCAAGCCAGGAUCUCAGGGAAAUCCUGGUCAGCCAGGACACAAGGGUGACGCAGGGAGCCCAGGAUUACCCGGAUUCCCAGGUCCAAAAGGGCCAUCGGGUCCGUCUGGUCCAAUUGGCCCAGAGGGAAAACAAGGCAUGUUAGGAAAACCAGGAGACAGAGGACAUAAGGGAGAAAAGGGUGAUAAUGGAAUAAAAGGAGACAAAGGACCUGUUGGAGAUCCGGGCGUUCCGGGUAACCCUGGGCCUCCCGGUAGGAAGGGUCACACAGGUAUGAUGGGCAUGUCGGGACCCCCAGGGGAAGUGGGUCCUGCUGGUCCCCCUGGUUCUCCAGGACACCCGGGACUCCCAGGUCUCAGAGGCGAGACGCCAUCAAUGGAACAAAUGCGGCGGCUCAUUCAAGAGGAACUUUCCAAACAAUUGGAUGCUAAACUAGCUUACCUCAUGGCUCAAAUGCAACCCGCUCAUAUCAAGAGCACGGCUGGCCGUCCUGGUCCACCUGGUCCCCCAGGUAAAGAUGGACCUCCUGGCAGACAAGGUCCAACUGGAGAGCCUGGAAUGCCUGGACAAAAUGGAGCAGAAGGACCCAGAGGUCCAGUUGGUCCUAAAGGUGAACGAGGUUCAAAAGGUGAAAAGGGAGAAGAUGGUGUUGGACAGAGAGGAGAGCCUGGUCCAGUUGGUCCCAUUGGUCCUGCAGGUAUGCCAGGAUAUGGAAAAGAUGGUCUUCCUGGAGCUGCAGGUGCUCAGGGAGAGCCUGGUAAUCCUGGUCCUCACGGUCAACCUGGACCUCCUGGACCAACAGGACAGUGCGACCCCUCACAAUGUGCCUACUAUGCCAGUCUGGCAUCAAGACCUCACACUAAAAAUGUCAAGGGGACUUAAUACACCCCUCACUGUCCUGGGCUAACACCUAUUUAUGAACUUGGACAUUCAGUAAGCCAAGAAAAUGUUCUUUACCAUCAGGUGAACUCCAGAGUCUGAAGGGUGUGUAAAUAUAUGUGUGUGUGUAAAUGUGUGUUUGUAAUAGGCAUUUCACUUUGAUUAAUGCCUUUUUUAACCCCGAGUAAAGACCAUUUUUAGUCCUGGGUUAAGUAACAUUUCACACUUAUGGUUUUGAAAAAGUGUUAGCAUUUAGCAUUAGCACUUUCAACUGUGGGUUGUGAAAUCCAGCUCAAGAGCAGGGUUAAUCAUGGAAAAUGUAUGGAAUUUUCUAUAGUGAAUAGGCUACAAUUUUCUAGUCGUGCUUAGAAAUUUUGAUUCUUUUAGAAGUUGUGUUCUUUCAAUGAAUCAGUUGAACUGGUUCACAAAUCGGUCAGAAUUUAUUCAUUAGUGGGUUUUAAUCACACACAGCUUGAAAGAUCAUAGAAAAGUCAUUGAAGUUUUUUGCUAAAAAAUCUUGUAAACAUCUCAUUAAAUAUUAGUGCUAACACUUCUGUGAUUGCACAGUGUCUGAGAGAAACAGUUAAACGUUAAAAAAGAGACAGUAAACAUGUUUAAUAAAACACAUGUUGUGUACUGUAUUUGUCCACUCAAUGAAUAUAUUCUUAUUUGCAUAGCAAUAAUAAAUGUUAAUCCAGAUGUAGAGUGUGAAAUCUCUACAAACUGACAACCCAGGAUCAAAUGCUAAACUAGUAUAGUGUGAAACACAUUAACCCAGGGUUAAAAAUGGCCCUUGCUCAACAAUUUUAAGUGUGAAGAGCCCACAAGUGUCCUGCCGGUCAGAGUUGGUUAUGACUUUUUUUUUUUUUUUAGGGGAGGGUGGGUGAGUAAGUUUUAGCUCAAGGUCAUUUACUUCAAGUCAAGACUUUUAAAGCUUUUCAUGUAACAGGACGUGAAUUCCUGUCACGAAAGAUAGACGUUUACAGUACUUACCAGACUGUGAUGUCAUAGUGACACAAUCUGUCUCCAGAUGUUGUCCCGCCCACACAUAAUUUCUGCUGACGCCGUUUACUGAGGUCAUCGAUCGGUAAUCAAGAGUUGAUGCGUUGUUAGUGAUAUCUGUACCGGGUCAGGAUUGGCUUAUCAAGUCUGGGGAAUUCUCUGCUUGAGUUUUAUUGAUGGAGCGCUCUGUUCCUCUGGGAAAAGACACCAUGCUUUUGCACUCAUCAAUAGGAAAUCUCAAUAAGGAUCAUUAGAGGUGCUGGAGAAGUGCAUUUCUGCUUUUUUUUUAGUCUAUGUUUUAUAAGAUAUAUCUCUUUUGUAGCCAUGCAUCAGGCCUUUUUUCAUAUUGAAUCAUUAAACUUGCGUUUGUGAUGACUGAAAGGCAGCUGCUCAAUUCAAUGCUUGUUUAAUAGUUUAACACAGCUGGCUUGUCAUAAAAACAAUUACCAAAAAAGUCUGUCACUGCAGAAAUAAACACCACUGAUGCCUCUUAUAAUGUCAUUUAUAAUAGGUUUGUGUAGCACUUUCCUUUAAAACGGCAUUGCCUUUUUGUCAUGAUGAAGGUUCAGGAACACGAAGUCCUAGUUAAAGGUCCAGCGUGAGUGUGCUACCAUCAUUUGUGCCGCUAAAGAGUUCAGAUGGAUCGAUCCUGCAGAUUGCUCCCUUGUGAGCCAAUUAAAGCCGUUGAAAGAAGAGAGAGUGUCAAAACAAACUCACUUCAGCCCACAAACGGGGAUGGAAAUCAUCUAUAACUGAUGAGCAUUGUAGCAGAGGUCAAGAAUAGAGUUGUCAAAAGGCGUUUAGGAAAUUAUGAGUUAGCUUGAAUGAAAUCCAACAAAAAAGGGGGGGAGGAAAUAUUGCUUAAAUCUAUUAUUUUUUGAAAUAAUUAUUUUAUCUUCCUUUUUUGAAUCGGAUUAUCAAAGGUUGAAAAACUACAAAGAAGAGAUAAUUAAAUUGUCUUAGUUUUUUUAAAGAUUUUUUUUUUUUUUUUUUUUUGCAAAUGCUAAUACUUAAAGAUGUUUUUAUUUUAAUAUUUAAUUUUUUUUUUUUAAAUUGUCACUAUACUUUCCUGACAUGUAUAACUGAAAUAGGUGUCUCUGUGACACAGGAAAUGGUCUGUUCUUUCCCAGCAAAUCAGAAAGUCUCUCUGCCUGUCAGUCAUUUUGCAUGUUCAUGUUGGCUUUCUGUAAAGAGCCGAGUUUUAGUGUGAGGUCAUGUGUUGAAUUUAGCAAAAUGGCUGAAAUAACGUACAGCAUCAUUAGUGGAUGCGUUAAGAAUGAAUUGAAUUGUUUACUGAUUAAUUAUAUUUUAAAGCAAAACCACCCACGAUACCAAUAUAGGCUUUCUUGUACCUCCUUGUUUUUUCACCUCCAUUCAAUGCUCAUGAUAAAUCUCUUUGUAAUUAGUAUUAUAUACACAAACUUGAUAAGAACAAAAUGUUUAUUUUUCUUUUCUGCAUUUCUUAUUUGUUAAAGCAUUUCUUAAUUGUUUGUCUUGUUUGCCCAGCCUUCAAGAGUGGAUGUUUUGGUGCUGUAUUUUGAAAAGCUGAGCUUAAAACUGAUGCAAAUUUAUGUAAAUUCAUGGUGCUUUUUCAGUGCAAGCCAAAGAAAUCCCUAUCAGCAUUGCUAUCAUGUUCUCCUCCACUUUAUUCAAAUAUAGCUGCUUUUUUGACUUCGUAUCUUCCUGUUAGUUUGUCUUCUUCAAGCUGUUAAUGACUGUAUUUGUUUUUUUCAUAUCGAUUUGCAUUAAAUUAUUCUAAUGAACUACAGGUGCAGGUGAUGUAAAAUAGUAUAAUUUAUGCAUGGUAUAAUCUACCUGUUUAUACUGAUUCUCUGGUGCUAUAAUGAAUCAUAAUUAGUUUGAUGUAUGUGUAUGUGUGGAGGGAGAGCCUAUGUGUUAAUAAAAAGUGGAACAGGUCCAUUUUA